AUGUCAAUUUUUGAGUCUCUAUCGUCACAAAUAAAUCAACUAAGAGCUGUAUCUAUUGAUCACGGCCAACAAGAUCCAGAGCCAGAAGAUCAUGGAAAUUACGAAGACUGCGAUUCUAAUGUUACCUCAAACUCAGAUAUAGCUACUGAAUCUACUUGGCGUGCUCCGGGCAUAGGGACAGUACAAAAAUCGCCAAUGAAAAUAUAUUCCUACGAUUUUAUACCUGUUGUUGCAGAAGUUCAACCGUCUAUUCCGAGGGCUGAUCAUCAGACAGAAGAGCAAAGAUAUUCAUGUCAAAAAAUGAACUUAAAUUCUUGGAAUAAGAUAAAAUAUAAAGAUGUACAGAAACACCUUCAUGCCGCUCCAGUUUUUAGUGCUUUAAAAGUAAAUCCUCAACUGACAAGUCUUGGAAAAUUAACUUCUCAUAGUCAAAAAACAUUGGCCAGAACGGAUACUGUCUUAGGCACUAUCACUUAUUGCAUCUUGAAAGAACGGGAACAGAUUGAAGCAGCAUUAAAUGAGGUCGAGAAAAAGAAUCCAGAGGCGGUUUCUGUUUUGAAACAAUCUCUUUUUGCUAAAUCAGAUUCUUUUAAACAGACAUCGGAUGAUUUAUUACAUUAUACAUGUACACGUAGAUCAGAAAUGUUCGAAAAUCGUCGAAGAAUUUUUAAACCUCGAUCGGAAUUCUUAGCGACUAAAUUGAAAGACCUUCACGCACCCAUUUAUUCGACGAGCAAAAAUUAUCUGAACUAA